AUGAUAGCCUCCUCACCCUCUCCAACCCUUCACGGAAGCAAUGCUUCGUACUCGCCCACAUCCUGUAAAGGAUCCUUCCACUCCUCACGAUUCUCCAAUUCGCCCCGCUCCCUCCUCAAACGCCCCUCUCCGGCCGCCUUUCCCCACCAGACCGCUCUUUCACCCGUCGCUCACAAAAGAUCAUGGCAGGCCUCACCGAAGGUCACAAAAGACGCCGGGACACAAUGUACGCCAGCAGAGUCCUUGACAUCACCACAAACCCUAGGCAAACGCUGCGGCACCAAUGAAUCUCCCAAACCUAAAGAGCCUCCGCCCGAGCCAGCGCUCCCACCUCAAGAGCACAACGAGCCUUCCUCCAACAAAUCAUCUCUAGCAACUCAAAAUGCGACCUCCUCCAAACACCCAGCUCAAUCCUCUUCCUCAUCAUCCUCAGCGUCCACCAAGAGCUCCAAUUCCUCCCCCAAACGGGCCCGUACCGCUCGACCAGCAGUGAAGGUCAUGCCCGCCCGAUACGAAGCCUGCGACACCAAAGACCUCGUCGUUCUCAUCAGCAACAUGCUGCUCGAACUGAUCCGGCACAAUGACGAGAUCCCUCUGCAAGACGGCCGCCUCACUCGUUUCCACUCCCGAGCCCCACCAGGCAUCAGCGUGAAAGACUACCUACAGCGAUUGACCACUCAUGCGACCCUCCCUCCUCCAAUCCUGCUGAGCAUGGUCUACUACAUCGAUCGUCUGUGCGCGCUCUACCCCGCUUUCACCAUCUCCAGCCUGACCGUUCAUCGCUUCCUCAUCACAGCAGCCACGGUGGCGAGUAAAGGCCUCUCUGACAGUUUUUGGACAAACAACACGUACGCAAGAGUCGGAGGAGUCAGUCUGAAGGAAUUGGCUUUGCUAGAGCUUGAGUUCUUGUGGAGAGUGGAAUGGAGAAUCGUGCCGAAGCCGGAGGUGUUGGAGGACUACUACCGCUCACUUGUGGAAAGAAGCGACGCUUUUCGGAUAGAAGGAUCAAAUGGAGCCAGGAGUGGGAGCAGGAGCAAUGGCUCCGGGAGCUCAAGCCAGGAGGGUAGCGGGACUACUGGGUCGAAGCCGGCUCAGACAGGUGGGAGUUAA